CGGAGCUGGCGCUGAUUGGCGGCGCGGGCGGCCAAUGGGCUGCGUGCGCGCCAGGCGCGGCGGGCGAUGGAGCGCGGGGCCGUGCGGGCCAUGGCGGCCCGGCUGGGCCUGGCCGAGCCCGCCGUGCUCAGAAAAGCUGAGGAGUAUCUGCGGCUGUCGCAGGUGAAGUGCACGGGGUUAAUGGCUCAGAUGACGGCCACGAGCAGUGCUGUGAUGUGCCUGGACCUGGCGGCGAGUUUCAUGAAACAACCAGUUGAUAAAAGCUAUUGUGUUAAACUCUCUGGUUUGACCAAGACCACCUACCAGAGCUCCAUGAAGUCUUUGGAGUGUUUGCUAGAGGUGAACCAAAGGCUGGGGAUGCGAGACUUGGCGGUGCAGUUCUGCUGCUCAGAGGCAGUGAACAUGGCUUCAGAAAUCCUGCAGAGGUACGAGUGCAGCCUCUCCGAAGCACAGCGCGCGGACCUGGACUUCUCCAAGCCCCUGUUCACAGCAGCUGCACUCUGCACUGCCUGCAGGUAUUUGAAGCUGAAAGUGGACAAAGCUAAAAUGUUGGCUACAUCUGGAGUGAAAAAAGCAAUAUUUGACCGGCUGUGCAAUCAGCUGGAGAAGAUAAGCCAGCAGCUCAGCAAAGAUGUUCCCCUGGCUGCAGAGACUCCCGACAGCUUGCAGAGCACCCUGGAGCAGUGUGAGCAGGAAGCUGACUCUGAAGAGGAUGAGGAAAUGCCCUGUAAACGGCCAAAGACUGACACAAAUCAGGACUAUGAAGAAUGGAAAAAGAAAAUCCUGGAAAACGCUGCUAAGGCACAAGAGACAAGUACUGACUCUGUAGUGUCACCCAGUAAUGUAACUGCUGCUUGCUCUUGAUUUUAACUCUCCCUCUGCUCUAACAAGAGAUCCAGUAGCAAAUGAGCGAUGGCUGCCUGGCAGACAGCUGAUUUUAUUUAGGUUUUAAGUGCUUAAGAAUGUUAUUUUUAAUAAAUGACACCAUGGAGGGAUGGGAGUUUAUAGGAAGUGUGCGUGACUGCUCACCAGGCUGUGGCAGUAGGGGCAGAACAGCUUCAUUCUCUUGCUGCAAGAGGCAGGUAACAUUCUAAUGCUGCUUUAGGUGUAAAUAAGUUGUAACUUACAGGCCCUUGGGCCCCUGCCUGGAAGCAGUCAGUGAAAUAAGAGGAAGGGAAACUAACAGUACCUUGUUAAACUGCAAAGCCAACAGAGAAAUAAAGCCUUAUUUUUGUAGUUUUUUGGGGUUUUUUUAAAUAAAUAUUGUUUAGUCAAUGAAUUUGACUUAUUUUCAUGUGUAUAGGGAUAAAAUUUCUUGUGCUUUUAUAAGGGGUCCCAAAUAUUCCAAGAAACAAUAAAACUACUGGAAGGAAAA